GAUCACCCCGCCCGCAGGUUAUUGAAGACAGAGCGAGUGGACCGCGUGUUUUACUGGAAAACAAGCGCCGACGCAGCAAGCUAGCUUUCUAUGUAGUUAGCAGGUAAAUAAGUGUAAAUAAAUCUUAACUUCGGUUUGGUAUGGCGGAGGGUAGUGGUAACGUUAACGUCCCUCCGGCCAACCUGCCUCCGGGAGACCCGCAGCUGAUCGGUAUGAUUGUGGAGCAUCUGAAGAACCGGGGGCUUUUUGACGAGUUCCGUCGGGACUGUCUCGCCGACGUUGAUACGAAGCCUGCCUAUCAGAACCUGCGACAGAAAGUUGACAACUACGUCACGUCACACCUGAGCACACAAGACUGGAACCCGUCUAUCAACAAGAACCAGAUGAGAAACGGACUGAGACAAAGUGUUGUUCAAUCGGGUAUGUUGGAGUCUGGUGUAGACCGGAUCAUCACUCAAGUUGUGGACCCCAAGAUGAACCACACUUUCCGGCCGCACAUAGAAACUGCCAUCCAUGACUUCUUGUCAGGAGACAGGAAGGAGGAGAACGCCUCGUGUCCUAACUCUGCACCAUCUGAACAGACAGAACAACAGGAGGCCCCGUCUGCAUCGGGCCCCAAAACCCCCGUGCUGACCAUGGAUCUGCAUGAUGUCCAUGAGAAACAGGCGAGCCAAGCCAAAAGGAGCCUCUCUUUGCGGAGCACAGUUAUCCUGUUGCUUUCCUCUUCCUCCUCCUCCUCCCAGGGCAAGUCUUUUGUGAAGGAUGCAUUGCGGUGCAUGGCACUGGGACUGCGGCAGCGCUUCAGCUGUGUGAGCCGCAGGUGCUCAGCGGUAAAGGAGAUGGUGUUCUCGCUGCAGAGAGAGUGCUACUCCAAACACCAGCUCUGCCUGGCUCUACGAGACCACAUUGAUACCAUGGGCAGCCUGGUCCAGUUCCACCUGAUGUUUCCCUCAGGACCGUACGUGGAGCUGAUGAACUUCCUGUUGAAGUGUGGAGACGAGGUCAGGUUGUGGGUCAGUCGGCGGCUGCGCAGGCAGUGCGAGCAACAUUGGGGGCCGCUGUGCAGCAGCUUCGGUAGCACCUGCACUCUCAGCCUAACGGACCUUCCACAGCAAACCACAGCCACACCACCCACCGUGCCCUGGCCUGUUUCCGCUCAAGAAACCCUGCAGCAGCCAACCACAGCAGCCGAACCAGAGGACAGGAGCAGGCUCAGUCAGAUUGACAACACGACUGAAUCUGGUCUGUCCGAGAAAUCCAAUGUUACAGCUUCAUAGAAAGACCGGCCAGUUACACAGGGGUGCAGACAGGGUACACAAAGAUACAAAGAUCAUGCACUUAUUACUGUUGUAUUAGGAGUAGAAUGAAUUGUAUUGCUGGUGAAAGCAAUGCAACAUAACCUGUUUAAUCUGUUGGGUAUUUGUGUUAUAUUAAUAUUUUUCUUUACAUUUGACAUUGUACAAGGAUGAAAACCAAUUAUCUACCUCACUUCAACAUCACUGUAAACCACAGUGGCUGUAUCCUUCAGCAAAGGGCAUGGACACACACAAGUAAACACUACAGGGAAUAGCUCAAGUGCAGCUGAUGGCUCAGAGUCAAUAUACUACCUAUUUAAAUCUGUUUUUGUAUUUAUGAGGAUUGUGAUAUUAUGCACCAUAUAGCUGACACGCUAUCAAAUGUUAUCUUGUAGACAGUCAGGGAGCAGUCUGCAGGGAGGGAAGCACUCUUUGGUUGUGACGUGUUAUAAAUGUGUAUUUCAGAUGUUCUACUUGAACGAUUCAAGUUCAUACAGACCCCAGGUUUCAAGCUAUGUUUUGUAAGUUUUUAUUUAAAUGAAUCUAAAAGUACAUUUGUAAGUAUUUUGAUUGAAUUUAAAUAAACUACAAUGAUGUCUCUGGACAG